AUGCAGCCGUCUGGCUCCCUACCAAUGUCGACGGGAGGCCAGGCAUCUCCAAGACAAACAACAAUCGAGAAGAAGAGGAGACGACCGGCUCUCGCAUGCGAGCAAUGUCGGACAAGAAAGGUCCGCUGCGAUAGGAACCAUCCGUGUACGACAUGCAAACUAUCCAAGAACCAGCUAUGCACCUAUGCACCCCAGCCAGAGCGGAAGCGCGCCAGCAAACUGUCAUCAUCGAGCCCUUCCACGUCUUCAAUAAGUCAGGUUCCUCCGACGUCCGGCCCGUUAUCCAGGGUUGAACGCCACCUAGUGCCUCUUUGCCUAGAAUCAGAGGAAACCGGUAGACUUACUGGACCCGGACCGCCUCCCCUACCGGCAGGCCAGUCGUGGCAAUCAAAUUGUGUGUCCGGAACGGUCCAAUGGACGAGCAGCUCUCUCCCUGGAGACUUGGCACUCACCCCCGAAAGCCUUCCUGAGUCGACAUCAAGCACCACCAUCGUUUCUCUGAUGGAGCGCGUGAAGCAGCUCGAGCAUCAACUGGCGGAUACCCGUCAACAGAGAAGCAACGACGCAGAGUGCGCUGCCCUCUGCAGGGAUGAGCCUCGCGAUGCCACGCACCUCGAAAGGGGCACUGUUAGCAAGACGCGAUACUUUGGACAAAGUCAUUGGGUAAAUAUUGCACAUUUGACGCCUGGACUACUCGACUUUUUCAAGAAAAUAGAGAAGGAAAAGACGAGCACUGUCUAUCAGCACCUUGAAAAGUGCAAGUCCCUAGCGAGGAAGAUUAAGGCUCGCCGUGUUCCAGCUUUCACCACCAUCUCCCUCAGCAAGCGGAUGCUCUCAAGAGAGCUAGCAGAUCAGCUCAUCGAGGCCUACCUGCGGACCUUUGAGACCGUCUACCGCAUCGUCCAUGUUCCAACGUUCCGCGCGGAAUACGAAAGAUACUGGGAAAACCCGAAAGUAGUAAGCGACUCCUUCAUCGUCUUGAUGCAGCUCUGCAUGGCCAUCGGCGCUGCCUUUCAGGACAAUGUAUUCUCUCACCGAGUAUCUGCUUCUCAUUGGGUCUUUGAGGCCCAGUUUUGGCUCCUAUCGUGUGAAAAGUCGAAGAUUACUAUUAUAGGCCUACAAAUCUUAUGCCUGCUGCAUCAUGCCAAAAACAUCACCAAUAUUGGCUCAGAUCUAACCUGGAUCGGUGCCGGCGGUCUUCUCCGCACUGCCAUGUACAUGGGCUUGCACAAGGAUCCCAAGUCCCUGUCCAAGAUGACGAUCUAUCGAUCAGAGAUACGCCGGCGCCUCUGGGCUACCGUCCUUGAGAUCGUCCUCCAGACCAGCAUCGACUCCGGAGGCCCUCCGCUCAUCUCACCCCAAGACUAUGAUACGGAGCCUCCGGCCAACAUCGACGACUGUCAACUCGUCGACGAUGCCAAAACGUCGUUCCCGGUCGCCAAGGAUGCGGGCGUUUGUACGCAGAUGACCGUCCCCCUUGCCCUACUCAAGACAUGGCCCGCCCGUCUCACUGUCGCGAAGAUGGUCAACGGAAUCCGCUCCAACGCUUCAUUCAACGAAGUGCUAGCCGCCAAUGCCGAGCUUACUACAUCCCUCCAUGCCAUGAUGCGUCAGCUGGGCAAGUUUCAUGAGGCAGGCGAAAUCACGUCCUUCCAGCUCCGGUACGCCGAGUUCACGACCUACCGGUUCUUUAUCGCCCUCCACUAUCCUAUUCUGCCCCGGACGCUGCGAAAUCCUGUCUAUUACUUUUCUCGCAAGAUUUGCACCGAUACGAGUGUUCGCCUCGCAGCCACGGCAUAUCUGCUCCCGGCCUCUCGUCAGCUCCUGGCGUCUCCCGAGACUGUUCUCUCCGACUGGGACUUUCAACAACUUUUCGUGUGCGGCACAGGCACAUACCGAUCGACUAUGACGCAGGUCUCCCUGACGCUUGGCCUGGAACUCUCCCGGAUCCUAGAAGAGGAGCCUCGGCCCCACUACGGUCCGGUGAGCUCGGGCAUAGCAGAGCUGCGUGCAAUCCUAGAGUCGUGGCAGGAGUUGUGCUUGCAGCGCAUCCGCGCCGGGGAGACGAACGUCAAGGGGUUCUUGGGCAUCACGUGUCUUCUUGCGCAGAUUGAUUCGCUGGAAGCAAAUUGCGAUUACGUGGCGAAGGAGAAGAGGCUGCAUGACGAGGCAGAGGCUGGGGCGAAGAAAUGCCUCGAAGUGCUUCAAGGAAUGGUUGGACACGAAGGAGCCAGCGAGGAGGGAAGCUCAGAAAACGCCACACCCCAAACACUGCAUCUUGACGAUUUGGAGGGAUUUGGCCUGCUUGGGGACUGGGCCUGGGAUGAUGCGGCACUUACACAGGGGGUUAACUUAACCUCUAACUUUAAUGAGAUAUUAUUUUACUAG